AUGGGCAAUCACGACUUUGCUCUUCUCCCCUUUCCAACCAAUGAUCCAAAGGAUCCUUUGCGAUGGCCCUCAGGCCUCAAAUUUGUGGCUAUCCUGGUCACAUCUUCCGCCAAUUUUGUGUCAAAUAUAGGAGGAGCAGGAAUCUCAGUGGCGAUCCCGCUGUUGAUGGAGGAAUACCAUAAAUCUCAAUCAGGGGCAACUCAAGUUCUAACGUUGAACUUUCUCUUUCUCAGCAUUGGCAAUAUUUUCUGGGUACCGGUCGCUAUGAAAUCUGGCAAACGUACUGCCCUUCUAUCAUCGAUGGCUUUGCAGACGGGAAUGUUCGCGUGGACCGCUGCUGCCAGAUCAUUCCAUAGUCUGUUGGCUGCUAUGUGUUUACAGGGAUUUGCAGCUGCAGCUGGUGAAAGUAUUGUUCCUGAGAUUGUAGCAGACACUACCUUUGUCCACCGUCGAGGUGCCAUGAUGUCCAUUUACAUCCUCCUUAUUUCAGGCGGUAGCGCAAUAGGUCCACUCAUCGCUGGCUUCAUGACUACAGAGCUCGCCGAUACAUGGCGCUCCUUCAUGUGCCUGUGCUGCGGAGCUGGAGGACUAAACUUCUUUUUGAUAUUCUCUCUCUACCCAGAAUCCAACUUCACGCGUCCUGAACUCGACUUAACCACCGACCAACUGGAAAUGAUGCGCAAUCGAGAGUCCUUCAAAGCAAAUGAGAAUAUCCCUAAAGAGGAACUGUGCGAGGAUGUCAAGGCCGUACCUUUAGAACAGCACGAUUACACUAUUCACAAUCCAUCUUUCCGAGAGAUCCUACCGCUUGUUUCAUAUAACACUGAUGUGAAUUUCUUGAAGGUCAUGUUCGAACCUCUGAAGCUUCUCAUUCAUCCUUCAUAUGGUGGAGGAUUUUCACUUACACCGUGA